UAUAAAAAUACUGGUCAGAACUGUUGUAAUACUAUAGAGAAUGAAGCCAGAAAAACACUUCCAGGUAAAAACUUAAUAUGGAAUUUUGAAAGACCUGAUGAUUCAGUUGACCCUAGAGUUAUUUCUGGAAAACAUAAACUGAAAGCAAAUGUAAAAAUGCUACAUAGUGGUUCAGAGAACUUGUUUCAGAGAACUGAGAAAAAGCCAAAACUCAAAGGAUCCCAAAAGGUAAAAUAUACAGAUUUAAUUUGUCAAGCAGUAAGUAAAGAAAACCAUCAACAAAAGCUUUCUCAAGGUGAACAAAGUUUACAUAAUAUACUGGUGGGAGAAAAUGUGCUUGGAAAUGCUGAUACAUCAACCAACUCGGAUCAUUCACCAGAAACUAUCACUAAAGUAAGGUCAGAAAUGGGUCCUCCAUUGCCUCCUUUGCUAGGUCCUCUGUUGGCAACUCCUCCAAAAAGUGUACACCCUCUUUCACCCAUUUUGUCAUCUUCGAGUUGUUCGUCUCUACCAUCGCCUCCUGAUGACUUGAUUUCGCCUUUGCCGGGCACUCCAUUUCCACGAUUGGUGUCACCUUUGGCUGAUAGGCGCAGACAAAAAUCUCCAGUAUUUGCAACUCCAUCACCUGCCGAGAAAGCAAACAGUAGAAUUUUGUCUUCUCCUUUGCAGUUCUGCGCUGCCACACCAAAACAUGCUCUCCCUGUGCCAGGAAGAUUACCUCUUUCUGCAUCUAGUAGCUCUUCAACCUGUGCUCAAGAAAAUUCUGUAAAAAUAUUGGACACAAUGUACCCAGAAUUAUCUGCACGAGCACGAACAUUAAACAUCUUAAAAGGUCAUGUUCAGCUAAAUCGAGGUUUACCUACAGGUGGCAAAAACGUAUCCGUCAGCCAAAUAACUGGGUUUAAACCUAUUACAUCCACUUCUACAGCAUUUAUAAAAACCGGGGGCAAUUCAAAAGCUGACAAUAGUAAAGACAAAUUAAGCAGUUAUGAGAGUCAACAGCAAGCUAGCAGCAUUGCCUCCCUGUGUAAAAGAACUUCUGAUGCCUUCCUUAUGCCUAGAAGUGCAAAAAGGCUUCGCCUAGACACAGAGUCUCCAGUUAUAGAAACUAUGAAAAACUGUUCCAUAGCACCUACAAAAAAUGAUACAGAAGUGCAACACAAAGCGGCUUGCAACAAUAUUAGUUAUUGUGAGCUGCUCCCAGAUGUUGUAAAAGACAGCAGUGUUGAUGAAGACAUUAUAACGAAGGCUUUAAAAAAAAUUGAAGACUUGUGUUUUGAUCUUCUACCAGUAAUUAGGAGCCAUAUUUUUGUGGGAACCAUUCCCAAAGUUCCUGUAAUGAGAAAUGAGGAAAAAGAAGUAAUCUGUGAAUUCAGCAACUCUAAAAAAAGUUUAGCAGACCGUUUUCUUCAAGUUAUUUUAAAAAAAAUCAAAACUGGCAAGAAAUCAAUGUCAACAACAUAUCUCCAGGCCCUUUGUAGAGUCUAUGUGGGAUUGUGUCGUCAGCUCGGGGAUAUUGAAAGAGCACGUAUUCUCUGUUAUAGCAUACUUAAAGAAGAUUUUCCAGACCCUGAUAGAUUGCUACUAUUUAUUGUGAGUUCAUGGAAUGAUAUCAUUUCUACACACGGCGUUGUCAGUAAAGCAAUACAGGCUGUAUUGAAGAACUUGGCAAAAGAUGAUGUUGGCUCCUGUCUGAGUGCCUACCUUAACUGGGAAAAGACCCCACCCAUGAAUGUAAGUUUACUGCUGUCCAGUGUUUUAAUGGCAGUACAACUUUUCCCUGAUGGGAAGUUUCAGCAGAGUGAGAAGUAUGGAGAAGACUUAACAGAUAGCAUUUGGGAAUAUGUCUUUGCAGUUGAUUUGCUGUGCAGCCACCGUAAAUGGGUUUGGACACAUGAUAAGAUCAUAAGUAAAGAAUUGUGGCCACUACUGGAUAAAUGGGUGAAGCGUAAAAAAGGCAAUCCUAAUGUCUCAUUUGUCCCCGAUAUCAUUGCCGCUACUGUACUCCGUCUAGUAGGGUAUUUGUGUCAUAUGGGUUUAAAAGAAGGCUUUGAUACUGCUGUAAAGAACAUUGGCGCUGUUAUCAUUGCAUUUCUACAACAUGCUAAUGAAGAAGGUAUGUGUUGGGGAGUGCAAUUGGCAUGUGUGUAUAUGCUUUUUGACUUGGCACCAAGCGACCCAGCUGCAAUAUACAAGACACUACAAGAAUGGAAGGCGUCUGCAAAUAAUGACAUCCCACCAGCAGUUGCAAGCUGUAUGCAGGAACUGGAAUCCAUGUGUGGGUCAGCAAGUGACUUGACAUAAUACUAUCUUUUGAGGUGCAAACUGAUCCCGAAUUUAGUCUCUCUGCACAUAUAGAAGGAAGUGCCCUCGUCCAUUUAUUAGUUUGCACUUCUUCUUUUUUUUGUAAAAAUCCAUUAUUUUACCUUUUUUUUUUUUCUAGUCUACAAAGCAGAAACUCAGAAAAGUGUAUGCCUGUACAUAAUAAAUAUGGCUUGUAAAGGUUUUGUACAAUAAAUUUUGUGAAAAAA